GAGAGUUUCAUUAGUUCGAAUCUUAUUAUUUGGGUGCAUGCUGUGUAGAAACGAUCGGUCCCAGAUAUCAUACACACAUUAUCUGCAAGAUACCCCAGUUGUUGUUGUCUAUAUAACUACUGUCUGUACCAGACACGACAGAGAAAAACCAUCAUCCUCUCUCGAGAAGAUUUCUUCAGUCCAGCCUUCAAAUUCCCACACCACCCACAUCAACAUCCACAUCACAUCACAUCACAUCACACCAAGUUCCCUCCCACGAACUGAAUUGAGUAAUUCCAAUUGGCCAACUCUUAUCGAACAAAGCACAAUCCCUUAUCGUGCCCGUCCAAGAGUCCUGGCUUCCUGGCUCCCUGGCUCCUUGGUACGUAUUGACUGGCUGGCUGACUGGCUGGCUCACUUGCGUCUCGUUCUCUUUCUCUGCAUUCGAAUCUUGUUAUAUUAUAUUAUUAGUCUUCUCUCUAAUUGCACUAGCUCCGCCAAGUUUCCGAGUUUGAACGUGCUGAAGUCUCCAUUUCACUCAAUUCGGCCCCUCAACACUUUUUGCAGAAAACCAAACGUGCUAAGAUCGGCCCCGUCCAAAACUUAUUACUCAUAUAUUCUGCUCUCCAUAUUUCAAUCUAUCUCGUCGUAAAACCCUACGCAACACAAUCGCAACGAGUCCCUACAUACCUCCUAUUCUGGAUACCUACGAUUUCUAAAUACGGCACUUGAAGAUUACGAAGGUUAGGAGAUUUUCUAUAAGAGCACCGCAGAGUCUUUGUGGAAUUGAGAAGAAGGAAGAAGGAAGAAUUUCAAUUGAUAGGAACGAAGUCUGAGAAAUUGUUACAAGAAUUAUAAUGGGCUCUGAAACUCCCUUCGAUUAUGCCUUGAGCUCCAACGCCGCGUGGGCAGGCUAUAAAAGCCAUCAAAACCCCAAAUUCUUCCCUACCAUGGCCCAAGGCCAAACUCCUAGCAUCCUCUGGCUCGGCUGCUCCGACUCCCGUGUCCCCGAAACCACCGUUCUCGGCCUCCAACCUGGUGAUGUUUUCGUCCAUCGUAAUAUCGCCAACAUUGUCUCUCCUACCGAUAUCAAUUCCUCGGCCGUCAUCGAAUAUGCCGUUGCGCACCUGAAAGUAUCGCAUAUCGUUCUAUGCGGGCACACUUGCUGCGGUGGUGCAGCUGCUGCGUUGGGAGGUGCAAGGGUAGGUGGAGUUUUGGAUACUUGGCUUGCGCCGCUCAAGGCAUUGAGCAAAUUGAACGAGAAGGAAUUAAAGGGAAUUAAAGAAGAUUCCGCAAGGGCGGUCCGUCUGGCGGAGUUGAAUGUUGCGAAAGGAGUCGAGGUGCUUAUGGGCAAUGUGGUUGUGGAAGAGGCGGUCCGCGAGAGGGGAUUGAAGGUUCAUGGUGUUGUGUAUGAUAUUGCCUGUGGAAAGAUUCGGGAUUUGGGAGUAGGAAAUUGCAAUGAUGAGGAGGAAGAAGAAGAUGUUGCCGGAACAGAUGGAGCCGCGGAGUCGAAAGGAGCAAAGGAGUUAGUGCAAGGUGCGCAUGGAAUGCUGGUUUUUGGAAAGGGGGGAGCAACGCUCAGUACUGCGUAAUGGGGACGAUACGUAUGGAUAGAUGAGUUUUGGAUAUGCACACAUGCAUGUUAUACUGUGUAGUAAGGAAGGGAAAGGAAGACGGCAAUAGGGAGUUUGAAAGGCAAGGUGGGUUUUUGUUUAAAUCGAGCAAAGGUGAAAGGAGAGUCGUUUGGCAAUUAGAUGGAUUAGAAAGUCGAAAACAAUGACAUUUAAUAAAUUAUCAAAAAAAUUCAUAAUACGGAAUGGUCAUCGCAUAGGUUCAUGUGCUGGAGGACCAGACUUCGCUGUAGAUAUCCAUGGCAGAUAGAUACGAGUACUGUUAUUGGUGUA